AUGCAGCCGGCAACCUCUGAAUCUUCAGAAGCUCCCUCGAACACAAUCGCGGUUCCUCAUCAGCAGGAGAGACCAUUGAAGCGCAAACGCUGCUCUUCUACUGAUGGUCAUGCGCGGAUCUACCCAAAUGAAAACCAGAGAGCGGCCGAGAGUCCCAACCCCUCUUCAAUGGGGCUUCAAGAAGAAUCUUUGAACUGUUCAGCGCCAACAUCAUCUGAGAGGUCCCCAUUGUCUGGUAUUGUCCCUUCUGAAUCGCUCAAUCGCAUUGCCACGUUGGAAAGGGCCCUUAAGGUCAUUUCCACUGAAGUUGCUUCUACUGGGAUUCUUAGCUCUAAUGGGACUUCAUACCCAUGGCCCACCAACCUGUACCUGCUGCAAGAUAAUCUCAGCAUUGCGCUCACUGGUGCAGGAUGA